AUGGUGCCAGCACCAUCCGACGCCACUGCCACCAUGCCGUUAUCUCAAGACGAACAGAACAGUUCCAUCAUCCAGCAAGGUGUUAAACCGAAAGAACUUCAUUCCGGCAACGUUGUGUUGCUUGAUGGACGGAAACUCGAUUUCCAAGUCAGCGUAAGUCUUGAAUUUGCUUGGUAGAGUUGAUGAGAACUUAAGUAAUAUACCCCUUAUUUAGAAGAACGCUGAGGGAGAAAUACUGUUCAAUUUGGUGACCGAUGCCAUCGGUCUCAUUGAAAAAGAUUACUUUUCUCUGGCUUUUUAUGAAAAUGGUUCCGUUAGGGUAAGUCAUAUUUUUGUUUUCAUCCUGUAUAUAUUGAUCGUGUUUUUUGAUGAUGUUUGUUUUUGCAGAAAUGGUUAUAUAAGAACAAGAAGAUCCAGAAACAAGUCAAAGACUUGCCAUGGGACUUCUCCUUGGAAGUGAAGUUCUACACUCCAGACCCAAGCCAACUUGCCGAUGACUUCACCCGUCAUCUCUUGACCCUUCAACUUCGUACAGACAUUUACAAUGGAAAGUAAGUUAUCUAAUAUGUUUGUACAAUUUGCAUUUAGAUUGCCUGCUUCUCUUGUCAAUCAAGCCCAUCUGGGAUCUCUGAUUGCUCAAGCCGAGUUAGGCGAUUACUCUCCCGAGAAGACCUACGGUCAGUCUCUGAGAGCCCUAAACAUCGUUCCCAACAUGUCAGAUGAAUUGGAGUCGAAGAUCAUCCAGCUCUAUAAAGAUCAGAAGGGAAAAACACCACCCGAAGCCGAGUUGAGCUUCUUGAUGGCUUGCCGUGAGCUCACCUUGUACGGAAUGGUUAUGUUUUCGGCCAAACACAACGGAAAACCUGUUCGAGUUGGCAUCAAUUCGGCCGGAAUUAGUGUUUUCCAAGAGCAUUUGCGACAGAAUUACGUGGUUUGGCAAGGCAUGCAUCAGUUGGAGUACCAGCGGAAAAGUUUUACAAUCAAACUGAAACAUGGAGAGGUGGGUUCAGCUUUAUGUGAAUUAAUAAUUACGUAUUACAGAAGGAAGGAAAAUCGUCUCUUACCUUCAAGCUCGAUACCGAACCGCUGGCCAAGCUUUGCUGGCGUACUGCGGUUGAACAUCACACGUUCUUCCGUUUGAUGCAGCCAGAAGACAAGACCAACAAGGGAGGAUUCUUCCAGCUUGGUUCUGGCAGGUUCCGUCCUGAAGGUCGUACCCACUUCCAAACGAAGAUGGCCAGCCAAAUGUUUGAUGGCACUCCAACUGCCGGUCCGCAGAUCUCAAGCGCCCAGAUCGUGAGCCGUUCAUCAGAAAACCGUAAGUCUUUUAGAACCUUAUCUUAUCUUAUGCUUCUUUUUUUAGUGCCUGCAGCUAAUCAGGGAUCAUCUCCUGUGCAUUACGCAGAUGACAAGUCUAUGGAGGUAAGUGGGCCCGAUUCGUGUUCAGACAAGGUGUCUCAGGGAAGCUCACCGCAGAAACGCUAUACAAUCACCAGUCACAUGGAGACCAACAGCCCACGUACAUCCACAUUGGACAGAUCACUGGAGGUGGGUACCGUUUCUGACUCGGGGAUAGAGAACGCAAAGUCUCUGGAUAGUCCCCUUUAUGUCUCCACGACCACCCAAGUCACUGCUAAAACGACGACCAUUCCGCGUUUUGGUCGCUACACAGUCACUGAAACACCGUCACCGCGUUUCCUCAGGGCUGAGGAGACUUUGCCGCCGCCGACACAACCAGAGGUCUGGCCCGACGAAAACGUGCGUCCUGGCCGUCCCACAGUGUCGACACCGACUUUAUUGUCGGCACAGUGGUUCUCCAGACAGCGCCAUCCUCCCCCGCUAAUCACUAGGACCCAUGCCUCUGCCACGCGCAAUAGUCCACCCACCCCCUCUAGGACCUCUAUUUCCGUACCGCCCAAGUUUCUUUCACAGCAUUUUUCUUCUGAAAAACGCGACACGGUUACUGAAAGCUCACGCUACACUACAAAAAUACCGGCGCGGUCGUUAUCCGCUGCCCCAUAUGCGCAAUUGAUUGCGAUGUCCCCAAAUGGUGACCAAAUGCUCCCAAUUGUGAGAGAAUUGAAUGAAUCUGUUCACACUACGUUGAUGAAUUUGCCUUAUCGUUCUCACACUGUUCUAGCAGAGUACAUUAGCAGUCCGGCUAGCUCACAGAUUUCUACCGAGCUUCUUUCGACCUACCGCUCUCUACUGUCUUCGGCGGGACAUAGUCCCGAAGAAAUCGACUACCGGGUUAAGGAAGCAACAAUAUCUCGUGUUUACUGCCGUAGAUCUCAUCUUUCCCCGAAAACUCCUUAUUCUCCACUGCCUGCAAAUGCAGAAGAAGCCAUAAGAACAAGAACUCCAUCACCCAAUGUUCAGUUUGAUGACACAAUCAAUCAUUGCGUUCGAAUUAUAGGAAUGGAUAACACCGUUCCGUUAUAUCAAUAUAAUGUAAGCGCAGCAGAAGCUCAACGAGCGGUUCAAAGAGGAGCAAUCAGCCCUAGUCGCAAGCAGUAUCAAUCUUUGACAAGAGAAGAACAAGUCAUAGAGACCCCCAAAUCGCGGUUCUCGUUUCCACGACGAAAAAAGCACAUUCCUCGGCGCAACAUUUUCGAACGAAAUGAGUUCCAACCCGUUGUUGCCAUUUCUAGGACCAAGGAAUUACCCCAGGCUCCAGUCCGCUAUUUCUCUGACGUAUAUCAUUCAGGAUAUAACCUUCAAGAUCGUAAAGUUAUUCGUCGAAAGAUUCACGAAGGAGAUGAAAGCGAAGGAAGCAUUUCCGACCUCCGAAAUUACGGGUUUUCUAAAGAAAAUGCCGGACAAGUAAAUAGGCUGGAAAAAAGUGGCGACUUGGAUUCGUGCAAUAUUCGAGAACAUGUAUUGAAAAGAAGUUACCCCAAGUCAAAAGGCAUGAGUCGUUUCCCUAAACCCGUGGCAGUGUUGCAUCUGCAAAGACAAAGACGGCCAAGUCACGGUCAUACGAAUGGAUUUGCACAAGUUGAUCUAUCACCUAUACCAAUCCCACCUUCACGGUUAACACCUCAAUACCCAGAAAAGUCUGGUGUAUAUACCGGUAAAUUGGAGCCUCUGCGCCACUCGGAGAUUGUAUCAAAACCUCUUCGAUCAGAUGUCUCGGUCUAUCAUUCCGGACAAAGUGAACCAUCAAGAAAUCGGCGGUUCAAGUUCUUCACAUGGGCACGUCAUGAAGGCGAGGAAGAGGUCGGUGAUAAAGAUCCAACCGGCUACAAGUUCGAUCACUCUCCCUACGAAGGUCCUCUUGAUGACGUUAACAAAGUCAAUGACCUAGAUACCCUUCCGCUGGCUAGCUAUGUUACCAAAUAUCAUGAGGGCAAGACCGUCUUGAAAGAAGAUGAAGAAGAGAUCGAAGAACCCCAUGAUAAGCAGACUGCGAUUAUACAUCUCCGUUCCAAAGAAGACGAACCUCAAGUGGAGGAGGAACUGAAACCUGCUAAGGCUCCUAAACAACCAAAGGAGAAGAAACCAAAGAAAGAGAAGAAAGACAAAGAUCAAGAGUCUUCGUUCUUCGGUUUCUUGAAGAGUAAGGAUCGCAAAGCCCACGAAGAGGUCGGCCAUGUUUCCACCCCAUCAACGUCCUCUUAUCCUUUGAUUGGAGAACGGUAUGAAGGCCCACUGGAUGAGGUCGACAAGCAACGUGAACUCGACUCUCAGCCUCUUCGAUCAGAUGUCUCGGUCUAUCAUUCCGGACAAAGUGAACCAUCAAGAAAUCGGCGGUUCAAGUUCUUCACAUGGGCACGUCAUGAAGGCGAGGAAGAGGUCGGUGAUAAAGAUCCAACCGGCUACAAGUUCGAUCACUCUCCCUACGAAGGUCCUCUUGAUGACGUUAACAAAGUCAAUGACCUAGAUACCCUUCCGCUGGCUAGCUAUGUUACCAAAUAUCAUGAGGGCAAGACCGUCUUGAAAGAAGAUGAAGAAGAGAUCGAAGAACCCCAUGAUAAGCAGACUGCGAUUAUACAUCUCCGUUCCAAAGAAGACGAACCUCAAGUGGAGGAGGAACUGAAACCUGCUAAGGCUCCUAAACAACCAAAGGAGAAGAAACCAAAGAAAGAGAAGAAAGACAAAGAUCAAGAGUCUUCGUUCUUCGGUUUCUUGAAGAGUAAGGAUCGCAAAGCCCACGAAGAGGUCGGCCAUGUUUCCACCCCAUCAACGUCCUCUUAUCCUUUGAUUGGAGAACGGUAUGAAGGCCCACUGGAUGAGGUUGACAAGCAACGUGAACUCGACUCUCAGCCUCUUCGAUCAGAUGUCUCGGUCUAUCAUUCCGGACAAAGUGAACCAUCAAGAAAUCGGCGGUUCAAGUUCUUCACAUGGGCACGUCAUGAAGGCGAGGAAGAGGUCGGUGAUAAAGAUCCAACCGGCUACAAGUUCGAUCACUCUCCCUACGAAGGUCCUCUUGAUGACGUUAACAAAGUCAAUGACCUAGAUACCCUUCCGCUGGCUAGCUAUGUUACCAAAUAUCAUGAGGGCAAGACCGUCUUGAAAGAAGAUGAAGAAGAGAUCGAAGAACCCCAUGAUAAGCAGACUGCGAUUAUACAUCUCCGUUCCAAAGAAGACGAACCUCAAGUGGAGGAGGAACUGAAACCUGCUAAGGCUCCUAAACAACCAAAGGAGAAGAAACCAAAGAAAGAGAAGAAAGACAAAGAUCAAGAGUCUUCGUUCUUCGGUUUCUUGAAGAGUAAGGAUCGCAAAGCCCACGAAGAGGUCGGCCAUGUUUCCACCCCAUCAACGUCCUCUUAUCCUUUGAUUGGAGAACGGUAUGAAGGCCCACUGGAUGAGGUUGACAAGCAACGUGAACUCGACUCUCAGCCUCUUCGAUCAGAUGUCUCGGUCUAUCAUUCCGGACAAAGUGAACCAUCAAGAAAUCGGCGGUUCAAGUUCUUCACAUGGGCACGUCAUGAAGGCGAGGAAGAGGUCGGUGAUAAAGAUCCAACCGGCUACAAGUUCGAUCACUCUCCCUACGAAGGUCCUCUUGAUGACGUUAACAAAGUCAAUGACCUAGAUACCCUUCCGCUGGCUAGCUAUGUUACCAAAUAUCAUGAGGGCAAGACCGUCUUGAAAGAUGAAGAAGAGAUCGAAGAACCCCAUGAUGAGCAGACUGCGAUUAUACAUCUCCGUUCCAAAGAAGACGAACCUCAAGUGGAGGAGGAACUGAAACCUGCUAAGGCUCCUAAACAACCAAAGGAGAAGAAACCAAAGAAAGAGAAGAAAGACAAAGAUCAAGAGUCUUCGUUCUUCGGUUUCUUGAAGAGUAAGGAUCGCAAAGCCCACGAAGAGGUCGGCCAUGUUUCCACCCCAUCAACGUCCUCUUAUCCUUUGAUUGGAGAACUCUAUGAAGGCCCACUGGAUGAGGUCGACAAGCAACGUGAACUCGACUCUCAGCCUCUUCGAUCAGAUGUCUCGGUCUAUCAUUCCGGACAAAGUGAACCAUCAAGAAAUCGGCGGUUCAAGUUCUUCACAUGGGCACGUCAUGAAGGCGAGGAAGAGGUCGGUGAUAAAGAUCCAACCGGCUACAAGUUCGAUCACUCUCCCUACGAAGGUCCUCUUGAUGACGUUAACAAAGUCAAUGACCUAGAUACCCUUCCGCUGGCUAGCUAUGUUACCAAAUAUCAUGAGGGCAAGACCGUCUUGAAAGAAGAUGAAGAAGAGAUCGAAGAACCCCAUGAUAAGCAGACUGCGAUUAUACAUCUCCGUUCCAAAGAAGACGAACCUCAAGUGGAGGAGGAACUGAAACCUGCUAAGGCUCCUAAACAACCAAAGGAGAAGAAACCAAAGAAAGAGAAGAAAGACAAAGAUCAAGAGUCUUCGUUCUUCGGUUUCUUGAAGAGUAAGGAUCGCAAAGCCCACGAAGAGGUCGGCCAUGUUUCCACCCCAUCAACGUCCUCUUAUCCUUUGAUUGGAGAACGGUAUGAAGGCCCACUGGAUGAGGUCGACAAGCAACGUGAACUCGACUCUCAGCCUCUUCGAUCAGAUGUCUCGGUCUAUCAUUCCGGACAAAGUGAACCAUCAAGAAAUCGGCGGUUCAAGUUCUUCACAUGGGCACGUCAUGAAGGCGAGGAAGAGGUCGGUGAUAAAGAUCCAACCGGCUACAAGUUCGAUCACUCUCCCUACGAAGGUCCUCUUGAUGACGUUAACAAAGUCAAUGACCUAGAUACCCUUCCGCUGGCUAGCUAUGUUACCAAAUAUCAUGAGGGCAAGACCGUCUUGAAAGAAGAUGAAGAAGAGAUCGAAGAACCCCAUGAUAAGCAGACUGCGAUUAUACAUCUCCGUUCCAAAGAAGACGAACCUCAAGUGGAGGAGGAACUGAAACCUGCUAAGGCUCCUAAACAACCAAAGGAGAAGAAACCAAAGAAAGAGAAGAAAGACAAAGAUCAAGAGUCGUCGUUCUUCGGUUUCUUGAAGAGUAAGGAUCGCAAAGCCCACGAAGAGGUCGGCCAUGUUUCCACCCCAUCAACGUCCUCUUAUCCUUUGAUUGGAGAACGGUAUGAAGGCCCACUGGAUGAGGUCGACAAGCAACGUGAACUCGACUCUCAGCCUCUUCGAUCAGAUGUCUCGGUCUAUCAUUCCGGACAAAGUGAACCAUCAAGAAAUCGGCGGUUCAAGUUCUUCACAUGGGCACGUCAUGAAGGCGAGGAAGAGGUCGGUGAUAAAGAUCCAACCGGCUACAAGUUCGAUCACUCUCCCUACGAAGGUCCUCUUGAUGACGUUAACAAAGUCAAUGACCUAGAUACCCUUCCGCUGGCUAGCUAUGUGACCAAAUAUCAUGAGGGCAAGACCGUCUUGAAAGAAGAUGAAGAAGAGAUCGAAGAACCCCAUGAUAAGCAGACUGCGAUUAUACAUCUCCGUUCCAAAGAAGACGAACCUCAAGUGGAGGAGGAACUGAAACCUGCUAAGGCUCCUAAACAACCAAAGGAGAAGAAACCAAAGAAAGAGAAGAAAGACAAAGAUCAAGAGUCGUCGUUCUUCGGUUUCUUGAAGAGUAAGGAUCGCAAAGCCCACGAAGAGGUCGGCCAUGUUUCCACCCCAUCAACGUCCUCUUAUCCUUUGAUUGGAGAACGGUAUGAAGGCCCACUGGAUGAGGUCGACAAGCAACGUGAACUCGACUCUCAGCCUCUUCGAUCAGAUGUCUCGGUCUAUCAUUCCGGACAAAGUGAACCAUCAAGAAAUCGGCGGUUCAAGUUCUUCACAUGGGCACGUCAUGAAGGCGAGGAAGAGGUCGGUGAUAAAGAUCCAACCGGCUACAAGUUCGAUCACUCUCCCUACGAAGGUCCUCUUGAUGACGUUAACAAAGUCAAUGACCUAGAUACCCUUCCGCUGGCUAGCUAUGUUACCAAAUAUCAUGAGGGCAAGACCGUCUUGAAAGAAGAUGAAGAAGAGAUCGAAGAACCCCAUGAUAAGCAGACUGCGAUUAUACAUCUCCGUUCCAAAGAAGACGAACCUCAAGUGGAGGAGGAACUGAAACCUGCUAAGGCUCCUAAACAACCAAAGGAGAAGAAACCAAAGAAAGAGAAGAAAGACAAAGAUCAAGAGUCGUCGUUCUUCGGUUUCUUGAAGAGUAAGGAUCGCAAAGCCCACGAAGAGGUCGGCCAUGUUUCCACCCCAUCAACGUCCUCUUAUCCUUUGAUUGGAGAACGGUAUGAAGGCCCACUGGAUGAGGUCGACAAGCAACGUGAACUCGACUCUCAGCCUCUUCGAUCAGAUGUCUCGGUCUAUCAUUCCGGACAAAGUGAACCAUCAAGAAAUCGGCGGUUCAAGUUCUUCACAUGGGCACGUCAUGAAGGCGAGGAAGAGGUCGGUGAUAAAGAUCCAACCGGCUACAAGUUCGAUCACUCUCCCUACGAAGGUCCUCUUGAUGACGUUAACAAAGUCAAUGACCUAGAUACCCUUCCGCUGGCUAGCUAUGUUACCAAAUAUCAUGAGGGCAAGACCGUCUUGAAAGAAGAUGAAGAAGAGAUCGAAGAACCCCAUGAUAAGCAGACUGCGAUUAUACAUCUCCGUUCCAAAGAAGACGAACCUCAAGUGGAGGAGGAACUGAAACCUGCUAAGGCUCCUAAACAACCAAAGGAGAAGAAACCAAAGAAAGAGAAGAAAGACAAAGAUCAAGAGUCGUCGUUCUUCGGUUUCUUGAAGAGUAAGGAUCGCAAAGCCCACGAAGAGGUCGGCCAUGUUUCCACCCCAUCAACGUCCUCUUAUCCUUUGAUUGGAGAACGGUAUGAAGGCCCACUGGAUGAGGUCGACAAGCAACGUGAACUCGACUCUCAGCCUCUUCGAUCAGAUGUCUCGGUCUAUCAUUCCGGACAAAGUGAACCAUCAAGAAAUCGGCGGUUCAAGUUCUUCACAUGGGCACGUCAUGAAGGCGAGGAAGAGGUCGGUGAUAAAGAUCCAACCGGCUACAAGUUCGAUCACUCUCCCUACGAAGGUCCUCUUGAUGACGUUAACAAAGUCAAUGACCUAGAUACCCUUCCGCUGGCUAGCUAUGUGACCAAAUAUCAUGAGGGCAAGACCGUCUUGAAAGAAGAUGAAGAAGAGAUCGAAGAACCCCAUGAUAAGCAGACUGCGAUUAUACAUCUCCGUUCCAAAGAAGACGAACCUCAAGUGGAGGAGGAACUGAAACCUGCUAAGGCUCCUAAACAACCAAAGGAGAAGAAACCAAAGAAAGAGAAGAAAGACAAAGAUCAAGAGUCGUCGUUCUUCGGUUUCUUGAAGAGUAAGGAUCGCAAAGCCCACGAAGAGGUCGGCCAUGUUUCCACCCCAUCAACGUCCUCUUAUCCUUUGAUUGGAGAACGGUAUGAAGGCCCACUGGAUGAGGUCGACAAGCAACGUGAACUCGACUCUCAGCCUCUUCGAUCAGAUGUCUCGGUCUAUCAUUCCGGACAAAGUGAACCAUCAAGAAAUCGGCGGUUCAAGUUCUUCACAUGGGCACGUCAUGAAGGCGAGGAAGAGGUCGGUGAUAAAGAUCCAACCGGCUACAAGUUCGAUCACUCUCCCUACGAAGGUCCUCUUGAUGACGUUAACAAAGUCAAUGACCUAGAUACCCUUCCGCUGGCUAGCUAUGUUACCAAAUAUCAUGAGGGCAAGACCGUCUUGAAAGAAGAUGAAGAAGAGAUCGAAGAACCCCAUGAUAAGCAGACUGCGAUUAUACAUCUCCGUUCCAAAGAAGACGAACCUCAAGUGGAGGAGGAACUGAAACCUGCUAAGGCUCCUAAACAACCAAAGGAGAAGAAACCAAAGAAAGAGAAGAAAGACAAAGAUCAAGAGUCGUCGUUCUUCGGUUUCUUGAAGAGUAAGGAUCGCAAAGCCCACGAAGAGGUCGGCCAUGUUUCCACCCCAUCAACGUCCUCUUAUCCUUUGAUUGGAGAACGGUAUGAAGGCCCACUGGAUGAGGUCGACAAGCAACGUGAACUCGACUCUCAGCCUCUUCGAUCAGAUGUCUCGGUCUAUCAUUCCGGACAAAGUGAACCAUCAAGAAAUCGGCGGUUCAAGUUCUUCACAUGGGCACGUCAUGAAGGCGAGGAAGAGGUCGGUGAUAAAGAUCCAACCGGCUACAAGUUCGAUCACUCUCCCUACGAAGGUCCUCUUGAUGACGUUAACAAAGUCAAUGACCUAGAUACCCUUCCGCUGGCUAGCUAUGUUACCAAAUAUCAUGAGGGCAAGACCGUCUUGAAAGAAGAUGAAGAAGAGAUCGAAGAACCCCAUGAUAAGCAGACUGCGAUUAUACAUCUCCGUUCCAAAGAAGACGAACCUCAAGUGGAGGAGGAACUGAAACCUGCUAAGGCUCCUAAACAACCAAAGGAGAAGAAACCAAAGAAAGAGAAGAAAGACAAAGAUCAAGAGUCGUCGUUCUUCGGUUUCUUGAAGAGUAAGGAUCGCAAAGCCCACGAAGAGGUCGGCCAUGUUUCCACCCCAUCAACGUCCUCUUAUCCUUUGAUUGGAGAACGGUAUGAAGGCCCACUGGAUGAGGUCGACAAGCAACGUGAACUCGACUCUCAGCCUCUUCGAUCAGAUGUCUCGGUCUAUCAUUCCGGACAAAGUGAACCAUCAAGAAAUCGGCGGUUCAAGUUCUUCACAUGGGCACGUCAUGAAGGCGAGGAAGAGGUCGGUGAUAAAGAUCCAACCGGCUACAAGUUCGAUCACUCUCCCUACGAAGGUCCUCUUGAUGACGUUAACAAAGUCAAUGACCUAGAUACCCUUCCGCUGGCUAGCUAUGUGACCAAAUAUCAUGAGGGCAAGACCGUCUUGAAAGAAGAUGAAGAAGAGAUCGAAGAACCCCAUGAUAAGCAGACUGCGAUUAUACAUCUCCGUUCCAAAGAAGACGAACCUCAAGUGGAGGAGGAACUGAAACCUGCUAAGGCUCCUAAACAACCAAAGGAGAAGAAACCAAAGAAAGAGAAGAAAGACAAAGAUCAAGAGUCUUCGUUCUUCGGUUUCUUGAAGAGUAAGGAUCGCAAAGCCCACGAAGAGGUCGGCCAUGUUUCCACCCCAUCAACGUCCUCUUAUCCUUUGAUUGGAGAACGGUAUGAAGGCCCACUGGAUGAGGUCGACAAGCAACGUGAACUCGACUCUCAGCCUCUUCGAUCAGAUGUCUCGGUCUAUCAUUCCGGACAAAGUGAACCAUCAAGAAAUCGGCGGUUCAAGUUCUUCACAUGGGCACGUCAUGAAGGCGAGGAAGAGGUCGGUGAUAAAGAUCCAACCGGCUACAAGUUCGAUCACUCUCCCUACGAAGGUCCUCUUGAUGACGUUAACAAAGUCAAUGACCUAGAUACCCUUCCGCUGGCUAGCUAUGUUACCAAAUAUCAUGAGGGCAAGACCGUCUUGAAAGAAGAUGAAGAAGAGAUCGAAGAACCCCAUGAUAAGCAGACUGCGAUUAUACAUCUCCGUUCCAAAGAAGACGAACCUCAAGUGGAGGAGGAACUGAAACCUGCUAAGGCUCCUAAACAACCAAAGGAGAAGAAACCAAAGAAAGAGAAGAAAGACAAAGAUCAAGAGUCGUCGUUCUUCGGUUUCUUGAAGAGUAAGGAUCGCAAAGCCCACGAAGAGGUCGGCCAUGUUUCCACCCCAUCAACGUCCUCUUAUCCUUUGAUUGGAGAACGGUAUGAAGGCCCACUGGAUGAGGUCGACAAGCAACGUGAACUCGACUCUCAGCCUCUUCGAUCAGAUGUCUCGGUCUAUCAUUCCGGACAAAGUGAACCAUCAAGAAAUCGGCGGUUCAAGUUCUUCACAUGGGCACGUCAUGAAGGCGAGGAAGAGGUCGGUGAUAAAGAUCCAACCGGCUACAAGUUCGAUCACUCUCCCUACGAAGGUCCUCUUGAUGACGUUAACAAAGUCAAUGACCUAGAUACCCUUCCGCUGGCUAGCUAUGUGACCAAAUAUCAUGAGGGCAAGACCGUCUUGAAAGAAGAUGAAGAAGAGAUCGAAGAACCCCAUGAUAAGCAGACUGCGAUUAUACAUCUCCGUUCCAAAGAAGACGAACCUCAAGUGGAGGAGGAACUGAAACCUGCUAAGGCUCCUAAACAACCAAAGGAGAAGAAACCAAAGAAAGAGAAGAAAGACAAAGAUCAAGAGUCUUCGUUCUUCGGUUUCUUGAAGAGUAAGGAUCGCAAAGCCCACGAAGAGGUCGGCCAUGUUUCCACCCCAUCAACGUCCUCUUAUCCUUUGAUUGGAGAACGGUAUGAAGGCCCACUGGAUGAGGUCGACAAGCAACGUGAACUCGACUCUCAGCCUCUUCGAUCAGAUGUCUCGGUCUAUCAUUCCGGACAAAGUGAACCAUCAAGAAAUCGGCGGUUCAAGUUCUUCACAUGGGCACGUCAUGAAGGCGAGGAAGAGGUCGGUGAUAAAGAUCCAACCGGCUACAAGUUCGAUCACUCUCCCUACGAAGGUCCUCUUGAUGACGUUAACAAAGUCAAUGACCUAGAUACCCUUCCGCUGGCUAGCUAUGUUACCAAAUAUCAUGAGGGCAAGACCGUCUUGAAAGAAGAUGAAGAAGAGAUCGAAGAACCCCAUGAUAAGCAGACUGCGAUUAUACAUCUCCGUUCCAAAGAAGACGAACCUCAAGUGGAGGAGGAACUGAAACCUGCUAAGGCUCCUAAACAACCAAAGGAGAAGAAACCAAAGAAAGAGAAGAAAGACAAAGAUCAAGAGUCGUCGUUCUUCGGUUUCUUGAAGAGUAAGGAUCGCAAAGCCCACGAAGAGGUCGGCCAUGUUUCCACCCCAUCAACGUCCUCUUAUCCUUUGAUUGGAGAACGGUAUGAAGGCCCACUGGAUGAGGUCGACAAGCAACGUGAACUCGACUCUCAGCCUCUUCGAUCAGAUGUCUCGGUCUAUCAUUCCGGACAAAGUGAACCAUCAAGAAAUCGGCGGUUCAAGUUCUUCACAUGGGCACGUCAUGAAGGCGAGGAAGAGGUCGGUGAUAAAGAUCCAACCGGCUACAAGUUCGAUCACUCUCCCUACGAAGGUCCUCUUGAUGACGUUAACAAAGUCAAUGACCUAGAUACCCUUCCGCUGGCUAGCUAUGUGACCAAAUAUCAUGAGGGCAAGACCGUCUUGAAAGAAGAUGAAGAAGAGAUCGAAGAACCCCAUGAUAAGCAGACUGCGAUUAUACAUCUCCGUUCCAAAGAAGACGAACCUCAAGUGGAGGAGGAACUGAAACCUGCUAAGGCUCCUAAACAACCAAAGGAGAAGAAACCAAAGAAAGAGAAGAAAGACAAAGAUCAAGAGUCUUCGUUCUUCGGUUUCUUGAAGAGUAAGGAUCGCAAAGCCCACGAAGAGGUCGGCCAUGUUUCCACCCCAUCAACGUCCUCUUAUCCUUUGAUUGGAGAACGGUAUGAAGGCCCACUGGAUGAGGUCGACAAGCAACGUGAACUCGACUCUCAGCCUCUUCGAUCAGAUGUCUCGGUCUAUCAUUCCGGACAAAGUGAACCAUCAAGAAAUCGGCGGUUCAAGUUCUUCACAUGGGCACGUCAUGAAGGCGAGGAAGAGGUCGGUGAUAAAGAUCCAACCGGCUACAAGUUCGAUCACUCUCCCUACGAAGGUCCUCUUGAUGACGUUAACAAAGUCAAUGACCUAGAUACCCUUCCGCUGGCUAGCUAUGUGACCAAAUAUCAUGAGGGCAAGACCGUCUUGAAAGAAGAUGAAGAAGAGAUCGAAGAACCCCAUGAUAAGCAGACUGCGAUUAUACAUCUCCGUUCCAAAGAAGACGAACCUCAAGUGGAGGAGGAACUGAAACCUGCUAAGGCUCCUAAACAACCAAAGGAGAAGAAACCAAAGAAAGAGAAGAAAGACAAAGAUCAAGAGUCUUCGUUCUUCGGUUUCUUGAAGAGUAAGGAUCGCAAAGCCCACGAAGAGGUCGGCCAUGUUUCCACCCCAUCAACGUCCUCUUAUCCUUUGAUUGGAGAACGGUAUGAAGGCCCACUGGAUGAGGUCGACAAGCAACGUGAACUCGACUCUCAGCCUCUUCGAUCAGAUGUCUCGGUCUAUCAUUCCGGACAAAGUGAACCAUCAAGAAAUCGGCGGUUCAAGUUCUUCACAUGGGCACGUCAUGAAGGCGAGGAAGAGGUCGGUGAUAAAGAUCCAACCGGCUACAAGUUCGAUCACUCUCCCUACGAAGGUCCUCUUGAUGACGUUAACAAAGUCAAUGACCUAGAUACCCUUCCGCUGGCUAGCUAUGUGACCAAAUAUCAUGAGGGCAAGACCGUCUUGAAAGAAGAUGAAGAAGAGAUCGAAGAACCCCAUGAUAAGCAGACUGCGAUUAUACAUCUCCGUUCCAAAGAAGACGAACCUCAAGUGGAGGAGGAACUGAAACCUGCUAAGGCUCCUAAACAACCAAAGGAGAAGAAACCAAAGAAAGAGAAGAAAGACAAAGAUCAAGAGUCUUCGUUCUUCGGUUUCUUGAAGAGUAAGGAUCGCAAAGCCCACGAAGAGGUCGGCCAUGUUUCCACCCCAUCAACGUCCUCUUAUCCUUUGAUUGGAGAACGGUAUGAAGGCCCACUGGAUGAGGUCGACAAGCAACGUGAACUCGACUCUCAGCCUCUUCGAUCAGAUGUCUCGGUCUAUCAUUCCGGACAAAGUGAACCAUCAAGAAAUCGGCGGUUCAAGUUCUUCACAUGGGCACGUCAUGAAGGCGAGGAAGAGGUCGGUGAUAAAGAUCCAACCGGCUACAAGUUCGAUCACUCUCCCUACGAAGGUCCUCUUGAUGACGUUAACAAAGUCAAUGACCUAGAUACCCUUCCGCUGGCUAGCUAUGUGACCAAAUAUCAUGAGGGCAAGACCGUCUUGAAAGAAGAUGAAGAAGAGAUCGAAGAACCCCAUGAUAAGCAGACUGCGAUUAUACAUCUCCGUUCCAAAGAAGACGAACCUCAAGUGGAGGAGGAACUGAAACCUGCUAAGGCUCCUAAACAACCAAAGGAGAAGAAACCAAAGAAAGAGAAGAAAGACAAAGAUCAAGAGUCUUCGUUCUUCGGUUUCUUGAAGAGUAAGGAUCGCAAAGCCCACGAAGAGGUCGGCCAUGUUUCCACCCCAUCAACGUCCUCUUAUCCUUUGAUUGGAGAACGGUAUGAAGGCCCACUGGAUGAGGUCGACAAGCAACGUGAACUCGACUCUCAGCCUCUUCGAUCAGAUGUCUCGGUCUAUCAUUCCGGACAAAGUGAACCAUCAAGAAAUCGGCGGUUCAAGUUCUUCACAUGGGCACGUCAUGAAGGCGAGGAAGAGGUCGGUGAUAAAGAUCCAACCGGCUACAAGUUCGAUCACUCUCCCUACGAAGGUCCUCUUGAUGACGUUAACAAAGUCAAUGACCUAGAUACCCUUCCGCUGGCUAGCUAUGUGACCAAAUAUCAUGAGGGCAAGACCGUCUUGAAAGAAGAUGAAGAAGAGAUCGAAGAACCCCAUGAUAAGCAGACUGCGAUUAUACAUCUCCGUUCCAAAGAAGACGAACCUCAAGUGGAGGAGGAACUGAAACCUGCUAAGGCUCCUAAACAACCAAAGGAGAAGAAACCAAAGAAAGAGAAGAAAGACAAAGAUCAAGAGUCUUCGUUCUUCGGUUUCUUGAAGAGUAAGGAUCGCAAAGCCCACGAAGAGGUCGGCCAUGUUUCCACCCCAUCAACGUCCUCUUAUCCUUUGAUUGGAGAACGGUAUGAAGGCCCACUGGAUGAGGUCGACAAGCAACGUGAACUCGACUCUCAGCCUCUUCGAUCAGAUGUCUCGGUCUAUCAUUCCGGACAAAGUGAACCAUCAAGAAAUCGGCGGUUCAAGUUCUUCACAUGGGCACGUCAUGAAGGCGAGGAAGAGGUCGGUGAUAAAGAUCCAACCGGCUACAAGUUCGAUCACUCUCCCUACGAAGGUCCUCUUGAUGACGUUAACAAAGUCAAUGACCUAGAUACCCUUCCGCUGGCUAGCUAUGUGACCAAAUAUCAUGAGGGCAAGACCGUCUUGAAAGAAGAUGAAGAAGAGAUCGAAGAACCCCAUGAUAAGCAGACUGCGAUUAUACAUCUCCGUUCCAAAGAAGACGAACCUCAAGUGGAGGAGGAACUGAAACCUGCUAAGGCUCCUAAACAACCAAAGGAGAAGAAACCAAAGAAAGAGAAGAAAGACAAAGAUCAAGAGUCUUCGUUCUUCGGUUUCUUGAAGAGUAAGGAUCGCAAAGCCCACGAAGAGGUCGGCCAUGUUUCCACCCCAUCAACGUCCUCUUAUCCUUUGAUUGGAGAACGGUAUGAAGGCCCACUGGAUGAGGUCGACAAGCAACGUGAACUCGACUCUCAGCCUCUUCGAUCAGAUGUCUCGGUCUAUCAUUCCGGACAAAGUGAACCAUCAAGAAAUCGGCGGUUCAAGUUCUUCACAUGGGCACGUCAUGAAGGCGAGGAAGAGGUCGGUGAUAAAGAUCCAACCGGCUACAAGUUCGAUCACUCUCCCUACGAAGGUCCUCUUGAUGACGUUAACAAAGUCAAUGACCUAGAUACCCUUCCGCUGGCUAGCUAUGUGACCAAAUAUCAUGAGGGCAAGACCGUCUUGAAAGAAGAUGAAGAAGAGAUCGAAGAACCCCAUGAUAAGCAGACUGCGAUUAUACAUCUCCGUUCCAAAGAAGACGAACCUCAAGUGGAGGAGGAACUGAAACCUGCUAAGGCUCCUAAACAACCAAAGGAGAAGAAACCAAAGAAAGAGAAGAAAGACAAAGAUCAAGAGUCUUCGUUCUUCGGUUUCUUGAAGAGUAAGGAUCGCAAAGCCCACGAAGAGGUCGGCCAUGUUUCCACCCCAUCAACGUCCUCUUAUCCUUUGAUUGGAGAACGGUAUGAAGGCCCACUGGAUGAGGUCGACAAGCAACGUGAACUCGACUCUCAGCCUCUUCGAUCAGAUGUCUCGGUCUAUCAUUCCGGACAAAGUGAACCAUCAAGAAAUCGGCGGUUCAAGUUCUUCACAUGGGCACGUCAUGAAGGCGAGGAAGAGGUCGGUGAUAAAGAUCCAACCGGCUACAAGUUCGAUCACUCUCCCUACGAAGGUCCUCUUGAUGACGUUAACAAAGUCAAUGACCUAGAUACCCUUCCGCUGGCUAGCUAUGUGACCAAAUAUCAUGAGGGCAAGACCGUCUUGAAAGAAGAUGAAGAAGAGAUCGAAGAACCCCAUGAUAAGCAGACUGCGAUUAUACAUCUCCGUUCCAAAGAAGACGAACCUCAAGUGGAGGAGGAACUGAAACCUGCUAAGGCUCCUAAACAACCAAAGGAGAAGAAACCAAAGAAAGAGAAGAAAGACAAAGAUCAAGAGUCUUCGUUCUUCGGUUUCUUGAAGAGUAAGGAUCGCAAAGCCCACGAAGAGGUCGGCCAUGUUUCCACCCCAUCAACGUCCUCUUAUCCUUUGAUUGGAGAACGGUAUGAAGGCCCACUGGAUGAGGUCGACAAGCAACGUGAACUCGACUCUCAGCCUCUUCGAUCAGAUGUCUCGGUCUAUCAUUCCGGACAAAGUGAACCAUCAAGAAAUCGGCGGUUCAAGUUCUUCACAUGGGCACGUCAUGAAGGCGAGGAAGAGGUCGGUGAUAAAGAUCCAACCGGCUACAAGUUCGAUCACUCUCCCUACGAAGGUCCUCUUGAUGACGUUAACAAAGUCAAUGACCUAGAUACCCUUCCGCUGGCUAGCUAUGUUACCAAAUAUCAUGAGGGCAAGACCGUCUUGAAAGAAGAUGAAGAAGAGAUCGAAGAACCCCAUGAUAAGCAGACUGCGAUUAUACAUCUCCGUUCCAAAGAAGACGAACCUCAAGUGGAGGAGGAACUGAAACCUGCUAAGGCUCCUAAACAACCAAAGGAGAAGAAACCAAAGAAAGAGAAGAAAGACAAAGAUCAAGAGUCUUCGUUCUUCGGUUUCUUGAAGAGUAAGGAUCGCAAAGCCCACGAAGAGGUCGGCCAUGUUUCCACCCCAUCAACGUCCUCUUAUCCUUUGAUUGGAGAACGGUAUGAAGGCCCACUGGAUGAGGUCGACAAGCAACGUGAACUCGACUCUCAGCCUCUUCGAUCAGAUGUCUCGGUCUAUCAUUCCGGACAAAGUGAACCAUCAAGAAAUCGGCGGUUCAAGUUCUUCACAUGGGCACGUCAUGAAGGCGAGGAAGAGGUCGGUGAUAAAGAUCCAACCGGCUACAAGUUCGAUCACUCUCCCUACGAAGGUCCUCUUGAUGACGUUAACAAAGUCAAUGACCUAGAUACCCUUCCGCUGGCUAGCUAUGUGACCAAAUAUCAUGAGGGCAAGACCGUCUUGAAAGAAGAUGAAGAAGAGAUCGAAGAACCCCAUGAUAAGCAGACUGCGAUUAUACAUCUCCGUUCCAAAGAAGACGAACCUCAAGUGGAGGAGGAACUGAAACCUGCUAAGGCUCCUAAACAACCAAAGGAGAAGAAACCAAAGAAAGAGAAGAAAGACAAAGAUCAAGAGUCUUCGUUCUUCGGUUUCUUGAAGAGUAAGGAUCGCAAAGCCCACGAAGAGGUCGGCCAUGUUUCCACCCCAUCAACGUCCUCUUAUCCUUUGAUUGGAGAACGGUAUGAAGGCCCACUGGAUGAGGUCGACAAGCAACGUGAACUCGACUCUCAGCCUCUUCGAUCAGAUGUCUCGGUCUAUCAUUCCGGACAAAGUGAACCAUCAAGAAAUCGGCGGUUCAAGUUCUUCACAUGGGCACGUCAUGAAGGCGAGGAAGAGGUCGGUGAUAAAGAUCCAACCGGCUACAAGUUCGAUCACUCUCCCUACGAAGGUCCUCUUGAUGACGUUAACAAAGUCAAUGACCUAGAUACCCUUCCGCUGGCUAGCUAUGUUACCAAAUAUCAUGAGGGCAAGACCGUCUUGAAAGAAGAUGAAGAAGAGAUCGAAGAACCCCAUGAUAAGCAGACUGCGAUUAUACAUCUCCGUUCCAAAGAAGACGAACCUCAAGUGGAGGAGGAACUGAAACCUGCUAAGGCUCCUAAACAACCAAAGGAGAAGAAACCAAAGAAAGAGAAGAAAGACAAAGAUCAAGAGUCUUCGUUCUUCGGUUUCUUGAAGAGUAAGGAUCGCAAAGCCCACGAAGAGGUCGGCCAUGUUUCCACCCCAUCAACGUCCUCUUAUCCUUUGAUUGGAGAACGGUAUGAAGGCCCACUGGAUGAGGUCGACAAGCAACGUGAACUCGACUCUCAGCCUCUUCGAUCAGAUGUCUCGGUCUAUCAUUCCGGACAAAGUGAACCAUCAAGAAAUCGGCGGUUCAAGUUCUUCACAUGGGCACGUCAUGAAGGCGAGGAAGAGGUCGGUGAUAAAGAUCCAACCGGCUACAAGUUCGAUCACUCUCCCUACGAAGGUCCUCUUGAUGACGUUAACAAAGUCAAUGACCUAGAUACCCUUCCGCUGGCUAGCUAUGUUACCAAAUAUCAUGAGGGCAAGACCGUCUUGAAAGAAGAUGAAGAAGAGAUCGAAGAACCCCAUGAUAAGCAGACUGCGAUUAUACAUCUCCGUUCCAAAGAAGACGAACCUCAAGUGGAGGAGGAACUGAAACCUGCUAAGGCUCCUAAACAACCAAAGGAGAAGAAACCAAAGAAAGAGAAGAAAGACAAAGAUCAAGAGUCUUCGUUCUUCGGUUUCUUGAAGAGUAAGGAUCGCAAAGCCCACGAAGAGGUCGGCCAUGUUUCCACCCCAUCAACGUCCUCUUAUCCUUUGAUUGGAGAACGGUAUGAAGGCCCACUGGAUGAGGUCGACAAGCAACGUGAACUCGACUCUCAGCCUCUUCGAUCAGAUGUCUCGGUCUAUCAUUCCGGACAAAGUGAACCAUCAAGAAAUCGGCGGUUCAAGUUCUUCACAUGGGCACGUCAUGAAGGCGAGGAAGAGGUCGGUGAUAAAGAUCCAACCGGCUACAAGUUCGAUCACUCUCCCUACGAAGGUCCUCUUGAUGACGUUAACAAAGUCAAUGACCUAGAUACCCUUCCGCUGGCUAGCUAUGUUACCAAAUAUCAUGAGGGCAAGACCGUCUUGAAAGAAGAUGAAGAAGAGAUCGAAGAACCCCAUGAUAAGCAGACUGCGAUUAUACAUCUCCGUUCCAAAGAAGACGAACCUCAAGUGGAGGAGGAACUGAAACCUGCUAAGGCUCCUAAACAACCAAAGGAGAAGAAACCAAAGAAAGAGAAGAAAGACAAAGAUCAAGAGUCUUCGUUCUUCGGUUUCUUGAAGAGUAAGGAUCGCAAAGCCCACGAAGAGGUCGGCCAUGUUUCCACCCCAUCAACGUCCUCUUAUCCUUUGAUUGGAGAACGGUAUGAAGGCCCACUGGAUGAGGUCGACAAGCAACGUGAACUCGACUCUCAGCCUCUUCGAUCAGAUGUCUCGGUCUAUCAUUCCGGACAAAGUGAACCAUCAAGAAAUCGGCGGUUCAAGUUCUUCACAUGGGCACGUCAUGAAGGCGAGGAAGAGGUCGGUGAUAAAGAUCCAACCGGCUACAAGUUCGAUCACUCUCCCUACGAAGGUCCUCUUGAUGACGUUAACAAAGUCAAUGACCUAGAUACCCUUCCGCUGGCUAGCUAUGUUACCAAAUAUCAUGAGGGCAAGACCGUCUUGAAAGAAGAUGAAGAAGAGAUCGAAGAACCCCAUGAUAAGCAGACUGCGAUUAUACAUCUCCGUUCCAAAGAAGACGAACCUCAAGUGGAGGAGGAACUGAAACCUGCUAAGGCUCCUAAACAACCAAAGGAGAAGAAACCAAAGAAAGAGAAGAAAGACAAAGAUCAAGAGUCGUCGUUCUUCGGUUUCUUGAAGAGUAAGGAUCGCAAAGCCCACGAAGAGGUCGGCCAUGUUUCCACCCCAUCAACGUCCUCUUAUCCUUUGAUUGGAGAACGGUAUGAAGGCCCACUGGAUGAGGUCGACAAGCAACGUGAGCUCGACUCUCAGCCUCUUCGAUCAGAUGUCUCGGUCUAUCAUUCCGGACAAAGUGAACCAUCAAGAAAUCGGCGGUUCAAGUUCUUCACAUGGGCACGUCAUGAAGGCGAGGAAGAGGUCGGUGAUAAAGAUCCAACCGGCUACAAGUUCGAUCACUCUCCCUACGAAGGUCCUCUUGAUGACGUUAACAAAGUCAAUGACCUAGAUACCCUUCCGCUGGCUAGCUACGUUACCAAAUAUCAUGAGGGCAAGACCGUCUUGAAAGAAGAUGAAGAAGAGAUCGAAGAACCCCAUGAUAAGCAGACUGCGAUUAUACAUCUCCGUUCCAAAGAAGACGAACCUCAAGUGGAGGAGGAACUGAAACCUGCUAAGGCUCCUAAACAACCAAAGGAGAAGAAACCAAAGAAAGAGAAGAAAGACAAAGAUCAAGAGUCUUCGUUCUUCGGUUUCUUGAAGAGUAAGGAUCGCAAAGCCCACGAAGAGGUCGGCCAUGUUUCCACCCCAUCAACGUCCUCUUAUCCUUUGAUUGGAGAACGGUAUGAAGGCCCACUGGAUGAGGUCGACAAGCAACGUGAACUCGACUCUCAGCCUCUUCGAUCAGAUGUCUCGGUCUAUCAUUCCGGACAAAGUGAGACGGCGCGCGAAAUUCCUAUGCUUUUUGCCUGCGCUAUGCAGCCGAAGGGAGGCUUUUCACGCAAUGGUCGCUUGGAUUAUGGAUUUAAUCGGGAUUCCUAUGAUGGACCACUUGAUAACAUGUGCACGAUAAGCGACCUUGAGACUGUCCCCCUGAGUGGUUUUGUGACCAAGUACCAUGAAGGAGAAUCCUUGGAGAAAGGCAGGAAGGAGAGACGGCCAAUAUCGAAGCCUCUGCUUACAACGUCAACGGAAUCAGACGAAGAGAAAGGCCCAAAACAGACUGCUAUCAUCCAUGUUCUCAACGGAGAUACCGCGGUUCCGGAUAAAUUGCGAUCAAGAACUAAAGGACAAAUGGACACCGACAGGCAAAAAGAUUACGAGUUAAAAAUACGGUCGGUAUUGCGUAACAGAAAGCCGGCUGAAUCUAAUUAUCCCUUGAAAGAAGAAGCCUUUGAUGGACCUCUAGAAGGCUUGCAAACUGAGACUGAACUGCCAACUGUGGAUAUCUUCGAAUACUCCUCUCCUUAUCAUCACGGGCAGAGCUCCAUUAAAGCGUCACAUAAAGGAAUGGCAAUUCUUCAUUUGAAACGUCUUGAAGACGAACUUAAACAACCGUCAAAAUCCGUCCAUCAAGAAGCGCAAGUGUGGGAUGCGAAUAUCAAUGGCACAGCCGAUCGGUUAGGCUUGUUUUCAUUAUUUAACAGAAAACGUAAAGCGGAAGACAGACAUUGGCUACGCACACUUGUUCGAGCCCGUCGUGGGGAAAAGUCAGAUGAGUUUUCUGGCAUUGUAUUCAAAGAUCGGUCGCUAUUCAACAAAUCCGACCCUAUUACUGAUCUAGAUAUCGACAUAGUUUUGCGUCGUCAAUUCGAGGCGUCGUAUGAAGUUGAGAUUCUACUUCGUGACAAGAAAACGUCCAGAUUUGAGGCUUUAUUUAGCCGCCGUGGACCUGUAUUUCUUCCAAAGUCGUUGCUGGAUGAUGAUAAUGCCAGUGCAGAGUUACGAGUUCGCGAAGUCGGGAAUAAGAGGUCUGGGCGGGGCGUUGGGGCGGGAGAAGCGUUUAACAGCGGGGGUCCUCAGGGAACGCGCGGGAACGAUGAUAGUGAUGAGGCGGACGAGAGUUCUCUAGCCUCCCAGCCUCAUAGUAGCAACGGUGCGGCUGCGAAGCGAUAUCGUCACCGACGUGCCGAACCAACCGACCGACCUCAAAAACUUCCAAUGGCGGCCAACAAGGCGACUAAGAAUGGAACGCGCGUCUCUCUGCUUUCGUCACUGCGUCGUCAAAUUUCACAGGUUUCUAUUUCUUCUAUUUAGAUGUUUUGUUCUAUGUAGUUAAAGUGUUGUUUUGUUGCAUUAUCCCUUUUGCAAACUUUGAUUUUGUUUCUCUUGUACUUUUGUUUUUGCCGACUUUCUAAACUUCGAAUUGGCUUCUGUGAGAUGACGCAUGAAAUGGCUAACAUUUUGCUAAUCAUUCGUGUGUUCUCUUUUUCGGACUAUUUCAUAUCAUGCUUAAUAUGUUUUUUGGCUGGUUAUUUGGACUAAGAGAUAGGAAUGGCAAUUACGACGUUAGUUUUUCUGAUGAUUUACGGUCGAUUCGAAAUUAUUUUUUCCGCUUUCCCUUUUCUUGUUAUUAUUGUGUUGGGUUGCAUAAGACGCGUCGUCGGAGGCGACGUCAUUUCUUGGCAUGCGGACGCCUUUGGCCUGGUUUUGGUUUCGCGGAUCGGAGCUUGGUAAUCGGAUGCGGCGACGAUAUUAAUGCUUUUUAACCCCGAACAACCUGAGUGCAGUGCAAGGCGUAUCAUUUCGUAGUAGCUCUGUCGUUUUUUGUUGCCUACCCACUAAUGGCUUAUGAUUUUUGUUUCUCGGCUAAUCUUUUUAUUUUCAGUUUUCCUCCAAAGACAAGAAGUCAAAUAAGAGCUCCAAGCAGGUUUCUGCGUCUUCUUCAUCCUCCGAUUCUGAAGUUGAGGUUGAAGAGAGACAUGCUGUACAGAACGAAAAGGUAGGCCCAAGAUGUCUCAUAGAGUUGACGAUGAAAUGUCCCGGCCAUUGUCUUUGAAGUUGUAUUUGGUCAAAGCUGUCUUUUUCCUUGUUUACAUUAUUUUCACUGCACUUUUUUCCAUGCCUCAGUUCGUCUUCUAAAUGAAAAAUUCUCAGAAUUCUGGGAGAACCCCAACGAACGAGUCCAGUAUGAGACUGGAUGGAACGAACGACCAACCCUCGGCGGGACCGUACUCCCCCGCCAACGACCUUGAUCACGGCCCGGUGAUUCGGUCGGAGCGUGUCGAGAACGUCUACCGUAUCACCGGGGCUGGUCUGCCGCCGCAAGUCGACCCAAACGACCCGGUUUGUGCCGCUCUUUGUCGUAUAUGUGGUUGUUUUUCGCUUUGAGUGAACUAAAAAUGUUAUUUGUUGGAUACGAAAAGAAAUCGCGACCAUUCCCUAGGGGCAGAUUUAUCAGGCAUAUUCCUCGACUGCUUUCGGAGAAUAUCACUGGUCGAAUAAAUCUGUAUUAAAAAUGAAGUGUCGAGACCAAAGAACGAUACUGAUUUGGCUUUUGGAAAGGAAAUUUGUGGUUUAUUCGGAACAUAAUGGGAGGUUUUAGACUAGUCAAAAUUAACCGCAUUGUUGUGGUGUUAAUGAUAACCCCUCAAUAACUAAUAAAAUUCAGUCUUUGUUGAGCACUCUGACCAGCUGUGUUCAGAAGAACGAGGAGUUGCCACGGGUCCGUCUGAUUGCCAGAAAAUUGGAGAUCGAACAACAGGAGUCUGGUCCAAUGUAUCAAAAGGCGAGUCCGGCCAAAUCAUUUGCCUGGCCCAACGUUCGUGAGCUUCGCCGUUAUUUCAGCCACAUGAAAGUGAUCGACGGUGCCUCGUCUCUCAGCCGCCGUCUUCGCCGUUCCCAUCGCUCUGUCUAUAAAUGUGAAAGCGUGUGUUGUCUUUUUUAUUGUUAUUAUUUUCAUACUCGAAUUUUUUUGUAGAACAGUGUCUUGCUAAUUCAGUGCUUCCAACGUUUGUACAGUUUAUUCUGCACCAUAACCGUUUUGCUUAUCGAUAUUAUACUUGCUAUGGGUAUAGAAUGGGGAUUUCCUUACUAAUAUUUGUGUUUCAGGAAACCGCACCCCCUCACACCACCCUCCAAAGUUGGCAUGAGACCGAAACCAGUCCUGAACAGAUUGUGACUGAGAUCGAUGAACACGGAAAUGUCAUCAAGUAGGUUUAUUACUAUUUUUUUAGCGAUAUGGUUGGGUCAAAUUAAUGUUUUUAUUUGCAGGAAGACGAUCAAGACCUCCCACGAGACUCAUACUAUCCAGAAGCAGACCUAUCAGACCUUUUCCGUUGGCAAUGACGCAAAUGAGGUGAAUACUCAGCAUUGAUUGCACAUCUCGCUUAUCUCCUUUCUCUCCAGUAAAGCACUAACUCUGCCCUUGAUUCUCUUGUAAUUGUUUUAACACGCUUGUCGUCGUUGUUAAUGUGAACAUUGUCUUUGUGUCAAUCAUCGCCGUUGAAUUUGAUGUGAUUGUCGUCUCUUUUUCUUCUUGGUCAACUCGCAUCAGCAUCCCUUCGGUCUUCAUUUAUGAUUUUCGGAAUAAUUAGAUUUCUCUUCAGCCGAACGGUACGUCGAACAGUAUCGAAAAUGCUCUGGAGACGAUCCAGUCGAUAAAUUCAUCGAUCCCCACGGCUGCGUCCCAUGCCCAAACUCGUGUUCUGGUCUACGGAAAAGACGGCGAGCAACUCGAAACAUCAGAUGUUCAGUACGAUGAGAAUCAAGUCGUGUCCUCCAAGGUGGUCACAACUGGAAACAGGACUAUCGAAACCAUCACAGUAAGUGACAUUAAAAUGACAAGUAAUCUUUACAGUAUAAAACCGUAAAAGAUGGUGUGGUUAGCACUAAUGUCGAACACAGAGUCACCAUCCAAGGGCCCGAAGUUGAUCAUGAAGCGGUAAGAGAUCGUUUUGUACAGGGUGAAAAGUUUUUGUCAAUAUCUUGCCAUAUCGGCGAUGGUCAUAACUCAGCUUGGGAUAAAGAUACAAAGCUGUGAAAUAGCUCAAAAGGAUUGUUAUGAUCUAGUUAUCAUUCAUUUUUUUUCUUUUUGCAUUUAUCUCACUCUUGUGAGAUAAUGUGAACAUUGUUUUGUGUCAAUGUUCACAUUAUCUCACAUUUUUUUUUCUUUUUUUAUUCAUCUCACUCUUGUGAUAAAUAAUUAAAGAAAAACGUUUUUUGAUUUUUCAAUUUUUUAUUCGUUUUCAAAAUUUCUGCCAAAGCUUUGCAACUUAGAGGACAUUAGAAAUCAGCAGGAAAUUCUAAACAGAGUGUAGUAACAGUUUUGAGGCACAACUUUGUAUCUUUAUCCGAAGCUGAGUUAUGGCCUCCGCCGGUAUGGCAAGCGUCCGCCAUAAUUGCAGCGAAUGCUUGAUAAACUUAAAGAUAAUAAAUCCUCUUUUCAACAAUUAGAAGUCGUAAUAAAGCAUUUACGAUUUGUGUGAUGACCAAAAAGUACCAUGAAGUCUCCUCCGCCGAACUGCGUUGGCGGUGAAAAUAUAUCCUUUUUCUUCCAGGAACUCCGCAAAGCCAUCAUCGAGGCCACUGGAUUGAACCCUCGCUACGAGGUCCAGCGGGUCGAAGUGAAACAAGAACGCUUGGCUUAA